CUAGCAUUCCUCCCCUUACACACACCCUCUUUUCUCCCCUGCCCCCAUCUCUUACAUGCAUUACAAGCUCAUACAAACACUAUCACGUACUCCGAAGGAAAAGCAAGAGCAACAGUUGGACUGAAGCCAGAGGACUUAAACUCCGCUUCCUCAUUGCCAGCAGGCUUUGUUCUUUGGAAUCAGUCAGAACUAGGGAGAACGUCUUCACUGCCGAUCGUGAGUGGCUGGAAUUUGUCAGCUUGGCUGUCUAUUAAUUUUUUCUGUGCUCUUCUGCGAACUAGGCUGAAUUUAGAACAGCAAAGCUAAGAGACGGGGGUAGUCAAGAAAUAAAGGAUCCGGAGACCAUCAGCUUCUUUGCGGGGGGUAGGGGUCCAUCUGUUCUGCAACGAUGGUUCUGUGAAGGAAAAGAACUCCAGAAUUCCCCUGACAUUCAGAUCCAUUCUGGAAGUGGAGGACUUCACUCACUAAUUAUAGCAGAAGCCUUUGAAGACGAUACUGGACGCUAUACUUGCGUGGCUUCAAAUUCCGUUGGUGCAGAUAGUACAUCAGCUGAAAUAUUCAUUGAAGGUGCCAGUUCCACUGAUUCAGAAAGUGAAAAUUUAAUUUUCAAAUCAAAAUCUGGAGCUAUGCCACAGGCCCAAAAGAAAACCACUUCUGUUUCCUUGACAAUAGGAUCUUCUGCACCAAAGUCUGGAGUCACCACAGCUGUAAUUCAACCUAUCUCUGUGCCCAGUCAGCAGGUUCAAAGCCCUACUUCAUGCCUGCACCGUCUGGAUGGACCCAAGCCUGUCUAUUCUGCACCCAUUUUUACAAAGGAGCUACAAAACUCCACAGCAUCUGAAGGACAAGUUGUGGUAUUGGAAUGCAGGGUCAGAGGACUCCCUCCCAUUCAUGUUAAGUGGUUUCGACAAGGCAUUGAAAUUCAAGAUUCUCCAGACUUCAGAAUUCUCCAAAAAAAGCCACGAUCUGCAACUGAACCUGAAGAGAUAUGUACCCUUGUAAUUGCAGAAACUUUUCCUGAAGAUUCAGGACUUUUCACAUGCACAGCAACAAAUGAACAUGGUUCAGUAACAAGCAGUGCACAACUAACUGUCUGCUCAGCCAACUCAGAAAACUCUACUCAUGAAUCAGUGGCAAGAGAAUCCAACAGUGAUUUCCAUCAUUUCCCACCAGUUCCUCCAGUUGAAAUUAGCUCUCUUGAGCUUCCUCCUAAGAAACAUACAGAGACUCAUCAAACAAACAACACCGAGCUGAGAUCUAGUGGGAUGGCCCAUCAACUGCAGCUCAAUUCGUCUGAGGAAAAAACAAAUGGUGUCCAUCCCAUUCAUGGAGUAAAUGGAAUGAUUAACAGCAAGCCAAAUGGUGAUAAAUCCAUCCCACCUCCAGCUGUCUUGCUUUCACCCACAAAGGAGCCACCACCUGUGCUUGCCAAACCAAAGCUGGACCCUAUAAAAAUACAGCAGCUGCAGAACCAAAUUCGUCUGGAGCGAGAAAGCGGCCAGUGGUAUCGUCACCAACAGCAACCUGAUCAUCACCAGCACCCUCCCUCUUCUCCUUCCUUUCCUCCUCCCCCCUCCUUCCAGGAGCUUGCGUCCAGCCAGUCUGUCACUUCUCCUGUGCCAAUGAGUAUUCUUAACUCUCAUACUUCCCCAACCAUGCAGUCCUCCAGCUCCUUCAACUAUGCUCGACCUAAGCAGUUCAUUGCUGCUCAGAACAUCAGCCCUGCUUCAGGUUACGUGACUCCAUCUUCAGGAUCAUCUACAUCCAGCCUUCCUUCUCCUAUGUCUCCAACUGCUUCUCAGAAACAGUUUGGGAGAGUGCCUGUUCCCCCCUUCUCUCAGCAGUUUGCUCCAGAAGGGGAGUACGCCUGGUCUCCUUCUUCCCCAUCCCCUCCACCCCCGCCUCCACCUGUCUUUAGUCCAACUGCAACAUAUCCAGUGUGUGAUUCCUUUCCACUUCCACCUCCCCCACCCCCUCCUCUUCCUUCCCUUUCUUCACCUUCCCACAGCCUGUCUCCAUCUCCCAGAUUUCCUAACUCCGGCCAGUCCCCAGCAGCAUUUCUCAGCUCCAUGCUGCCAUCCCAGCCACCACCCAUUUCUGUCAACGCAUUAGGCCUCCCAAAAGGAGUGACACCUCCGGGAUUUCCCAAGAAAACAGGCAGAACUGCUAGGAUAGCAUCAGAUGAAGAGAUUCAAGGGUCAAAAGAUGCUGUAAUUCAGGAUCUGGAAAGAAAACUUCGCUUCAAGGAAGACCUGUUGAACAACGGGCAACCGAGAUUAACGUAUGAGGAAAAAAUGGCUCGUCGAUUGCUGGGAGCAGACAGUGCUGCAACUGUCUUCAAUAUACAAGAACCAGAAGAAGAUCCUGCUAUACAGGAAGCUCGCUCUGUUGGUGCUUCUGUAGUGAGUCCUAUGGAUACUCAAAAGGAGUAUAAAGUCUCCAGCUUUGAGCAAAGAUUGAUCAGUGAAAUUGAAUAUAGGCUGGAGAGAUCUCCUGUGGAAGAAUCGGACGAUGAGGUGCAGCAUGGAGAUGAACCUAUUGAUAACAGUGUGUCACCGUAUUUUGAGAUAAAGCUGAAGCAUUACAAGAUCUUUGAGGGAAUGCCAGUCACAUUUACAUGCAAAGUGGCAGGAAACCCGAAGCCAAAGAUUUAUUGGUUUAAAGAUGGGAAGCAAAUUUCUAAACGAAGUGAUCACUACCGAAUUCAAAGAGAACCUGAUGGAACUUGCUCACUGCAUACUGCAGCCUCCACCCUGGAUGAUGAUGGGAAUUACACCAUUAUGGCUGCUAACCCCCAGGGCAGAGUAAGUUGCACGGGCAGGCUGAUGGUUCAAGCUGUAAAUCAAAGAGGCCGCAGCCCAUGGUCACCUUCCGGUCAGCCGCAUAUAAGAAGACCACGAUCUCGAUCAAGGGACAGUGGUGAUGAAAAUGAACCCAUUCAGGAACGAUUCUUCCGGCCUCAUUUCCUGCAGGCUCCUGGAGACCUGACUGUUCAAGAAGGAAAACUGUGCAGAAUGGAUUGCAAGGUUAGUGGAUUACCGACUCCAGAUUUAAGCUGGCAACUGAAUGGAAGACCAAUUCGCCCUGAUAGUUCUCACAAAAUGCUGGUGCGUGAGAAUGGUGUGCACUCCUUGAUCAUAGAACCAGUCACAGCCAGAGAUGCGGGAAUCUACACAUGCAUCGCCAGCAACCGGGCUGGUGAGAACACAUUCAGCCUGGAGCUCAUUGUUGCAGCUAAGGAAGUACACAAAGCACCUGUGUUUAUAGAGAAGCUACAGAACACGGGUGUGACUGAGGGAUUCCCAGUGCGGCUGGAGUGUCGGAUCUCGGGGGAGCCGUCUCCUCAGAUAUUUUGGAAGAAGGAGAAUGAGUCACUCACAUACAACACUGACCGAGUGAGCAUGCACCAGGAUAACUAUGGCUACAUUUGCCUGCUUAUUCAGGGAGCUACAAAGGAGGAUGCCGGGUGGUACACGGUUUCAGCUAAGAAUGAGGCUGGGAUUGUGUCAUGCACUGCCAGGUUGGAUGUUUAUACUCAGUGGCAACAACCACCUCAGACAACCAAGCCAAAGAAGGUGCGGCCCUCAGCCAGCCGAUACGCUGCACUGUGUGACCAAGGACUAGACAUCAAAGCAGCUUUCCAGCCUGAAGCAAAUCCAGUCCACCUGACAAUGCAGUCUGGCUUGGUAGAGAGCGAUGACCUGUAGAUUCAACCACCACUUCCAUCAUUUUCUUUCAAAGCAGAAACACUGAAAGCCAUUGCCUUGACCAAUGAUACUCCUAUGUCACUUUAUGCAAAGGCAGACACCUUCAAGUACAAAAGAUAAACAACAAACACAAUAACCAUAUAUUUCUUAUUCAUUAUACCAAAUUAGAAUAGGUAGAUUAUUAAUGGAAAUGUACACAUUGCACAACAAAUCACAUUCACCAGUUCCUUAUACCUAAGUUGCUUCAGCUCUUACGAAUAACCCUUUUCAUAAAGGCCAAAAUACAUCAGAGAGUCAGAUUUUUCAGACGAGAACACUAUUUAUCACUACAUGCCUUCAUAAGCAGUAAGUAGAUGUUACACAACCUUAUUGGUGCAAGAGGUUUUACUUGAGGCCGUUCGAUCACAAAGAAAAUCAGAAUGUGUGGUUGUUGCCAGUUCUAAACCAGCACUGCAUUCUGAUAGCUACAGUGAACAAGUGCAAUACUGUCAGAGUAAACCAGGAAGGGACAAGGAAGAGAAACAUAAGCAAAUGCUGUAUCUCUGCAAACUGCUUUUCAGUCUACAAGGAAAAAAAAAAGUCUCUUGCCUUAAAUGCUGUUAGUAUGGACGGUUCUGUACAGCAACAUCAACACCGCAGUUUUAGGUUCUUCUCUAUUUUUGAUUUUGCCAUCCAGGAGAAGGCUUGCUUACAAGCACACAGCCAAGACAGGUCAAGCACAAGUAACUUAACAGCUUAGAGAUAAUGAAGAGCUGAGACGUAAUAACAGUCUCCUCCAGACUACAACUAUUGGUAACUAGAUGGGGAAAACAUGCUGUCAGUACAACCCACUGCAGUGGGUUAUUGCAGGGGGUGGGAGGGGGGCAGGGCAGAGGCUGAAACUCUCUGUGGGUUUCCUGAACACAGCCUGUAACCUCGUAAUGCUCCCAUUCCCGAAUCAGAAUUUCUGAGGUGAGCUGGAAACUAGGGAGUGUACGUGUGGGAUGUUCGACUGUUUAAAGCUUGUGUGAUGUGCCUGAGGAUUUUAGAAAUGUAUAGUAAGUGAAAAAUGGGUUGAGACUGCAAUAUGAAUUUAAAUGACAAGUAUACACCACAGGUGCUGAGCUUGCAGAUCUGAGGAAGUAGAACAUGAAGGUGGACAAAACCAACAUCAAAUUUGUGCCUUUUUUUCUCCCCCUUAACUUAGCACAUGUCUCUGGUAGAUUUUUCUUUUCCUCCUCCUAUCAUUUUCCUGUAGGCUCUUUACUGGGUAGAGUCUGGGCGCCGCAGGUGAAAAGCCUGAAGGCUACAUUCAGAAAGCAAGGCAAACCCACCUGAACUGGAGCCCCACCUAAGUCAGACCUGACUCAGUAGUUUUAAAGUAGAACCAAGUGAAUUUCAGAGGAAGGGGAGGGAGGGAUGGAAGAAUUACUAGGCCUGACAAGGAAAACGAGCAUGUGAUGGUACGAGCUAUGAUACUUUGCUAUGAAAGGAAAACACUGUAUUCCUUAUAUGAAGCACAUAUAUGGUAUCUUCCAUUAUUUAUAAUAAAAGUGUUGAAAUCUUUUAUCUCAGUUCAGUUAUUCAGAAGUCCUGUACUUAGGGGUUUUGUUUUUUUAAUUUUGUAAUUGUGUACACCAUAUAUUGCAUUACUGCUAUACGUGUAUUGCUUUGUAAGUACACAAAGUUUGUGUUGUGUUUUAGUGACUAAUAAACGUUAGCACAUACGGUAGUACAAUUCUGGUGCAGGAUAUGACCAGUUUUGGGGAUCGUUAAUCUAGAUUAACGUCAUAGUCUGUCAUCUGGGAGUAAUUGAUUCUAUUCUAGAAGAAGUAUGUCAUAUCAUUUGCCAAAUUCUUCUCGACUGUGACAUGCUAAUUGACUUUUUUGUUUAGCUUCACUAGCAUUAUUUUGCCACCUUUUAUUCGUAUUUAUGAAAGAAAAUGUAUUAUCCUUACUUUGGAUUGUUGUGCUGAUAUAAUGUGGGUUUAACAUCAAUAAAUAUUACACAAAUAGAAAGUU